AUGCCAGAUGCUCCAGUGUUCUGUCGAACUGUGGGAAGUUACCGUAGCAGAUUUUUUUUUUUUUUUUUUUUCAAAGUUGAACCAAGCGGUCUGAGCAAGACAGCGCUUUCUCAUGCACGUCGAGCUGGAGGCGGUAAGCAAUCAUCAAGUAAAGCCGUGUCUGCGUUCGUGUACCUUGUCUCUGAAGUAGACCAUAAGAGCAUUGUUUUUCUCUCUCGCCAAAAGAGCCAAUCGAGAAAUCCAGAAGCAAUAAAUACCGGUCUGGGUCUCAGAGAAGGGCUUGAGCUUCCACCACUUAUUCUUGGUCUCGCAAGGCAGAAGGCUCCAACCAAAGUCGAUCUCGACACAGUACUAGUCUCCCCGCAGCUUGACGGCGUUUUUGUGUCUUUUGUUCCUGGCCAGGCACGAAGGUGGAAUGCGCCUUGUUUCAGUUUGACCUUGCACACGGAUGAGGAUCCUCGGAAUGACAUCAUUGCCUACGAUUUAUUUAUGUUUAUGGUCAAUGAAAGAUGA